AUGCUUCGCAAACUCACCGUCGACCAGAUCAACGACUGGUUCACCAUCGGCAAGACCGUGACGAAUGUGGAGCUGCUGGGCUCGCCGCCCGUCUUCCCGGCCGAGGCGGCCCGGGAGGAGGCGCCGCGCAAGGACGCGGCCCUGGGCUCCGGCCCCGCAGUCCGGGCUAAGACCCCGGCCCUGGCCCUGGCGUGGCCGGCAGCGGCGUUCGGGAGAUCACUCAGCCAAAGGACCUCAGAAAUGGAGUAUAUUAACAAAUACAGACAACUUGAAGCACAAGAAUUUGAUUUGUAUGGUGGUGAUCAAGCAACUAGUGGGCCAGGUCCAAAGCCACCUUUGGCUAAAUUAAGCAAUGUGACAUGCAUCCCAGAGACAACUUAUAAAUAUCCUGAUUUGCCUAUAAAUCGAUGUAAGGAAGAGGUAAAAUUAUUUUUGUUAGACUGUAAUUUUGCUGUAGGGCUAGAGAAAAUAGCAACGGAGGACACCAAGUUAAUUUAUAUGACAACUGGAGUCCUGCUUCAGAAAAUAGUUAGUGCCAAGAGUUUGAUGGAAUUCACGCACAUCUUCAUCGAUGAAGUACACGAGCGAACUGAAGAAAUGGAUUUCCUGCUGUUGGUCGUCCGCAAACUUUUAAGAACAAAUUCUCGUUUUGUGAAGGUUGUCCUGAUGUCGGCCACUAUCAACUGUAAAGAGUUUGCAGACUACUUUGCCGUUCCUGUUCAGAACAAAAUGAAUCCUGCGUAUAUUUUUGAAGUGGAAGGCAAGCCCCAUUCAAUUGAAGAGUAUUAUCUUAAUGAUUUGGGGCACAUUCAUCACAGCAGGCUUUCUCCACAUCUCCUGGAGGAACCGGUGAUAACUAAGGAAAUAUAUGAAGUUGCUGUCUCUCUAAUUCAGAUGUUUGAUGACUUAGAUAUGAAAGAGAGUGGGAACAAGACUUGGUCAGGUGCCCAGUUUGUAUCGGAGCGAAGCAGUGUGUUGGUGUUUUUGCCAGGUCUGGGUGAAAUAAACUAUAUGCAUGAACUUCUCACAAAUAUGGUUCACAAAAGAUUACAGGUCUAUCCACUCCAUUCAAGUGUGACUUUAGAAGAACAGAAUAAUGUAUUUUUAAGUCCAGUCCCUGGGUACAGAAAGAUCAUUCUGUCCACCAACAUUGCGGAGAGUUCCGUCACAGUGCCAGAUGUCAAGUAUGUUAUAGAUUUUUGUUUGACUAGAACACUGGUUUGUGAUGAAGACACAAAUUAUCAGAGUCUGCGAUUGAGUUGGGCCUCUAAAACCAGUUGUAACCAGAGAAAAGGCCGUGCUGGACGAUUGUCUAGAGGAUACUGUUACAGACUGAUCCACAAGGAUUUCUGGGACAACUCCAUCCCUGAUCGUGUUGUUCCGGAGAUGUUGCGCUGUCCAUUGGGAAGCACGAUCUUGAAAGUGAAAUUACUAGACAUGGGAGAACCACGAGCUUUGCUGGCAACUGCCCUUUCUCCUCCUCGUCUGAGUGACAUCGAGCGCACGAUCCUUCUGCUCAAGGAGGUUGGCGCACUUGCGGUCAGCGGGCAGAGAGAAGAGGAGAACCCCCACGACGGUGAAUUGACCUUCUUAGGAAGAGUUUUGGCCCAGCUUCCUGUUAACCAGCACCUUGGUAAACUCAUAGUCCUUGGACAUGUAUUUGGAUGUCUAGAUGAAUGUCUUAUUAUAGCGGCAGCUCUUUCUUUGAAGAAUUUUUUUGCGAUGCCUUUUCGGCAGCAUCUUGAUGGAUACAGGAGCAAAGUGAGUUUCUCUGGCAAUAAUAAGAGUGACUGUAUUGCACUGGUUGAGGCAUUUAAAACGUGGCAGGCUUGCAGGCAGAGAGGAGAGCUGCGGCAUCCAAAGGAUGAACUUGACUGGGGACGGUUAAAUUACAUUCAAAUCAAGAGAAUUAGAGAGGUGGCUGAAUUGUAUGAAGAACUGAAGAAUAGAAUCUCACAGUUCAACAUGUAUGUGGAUUCGCGGCGACCUGUCAUGGACCCAGAGUAUAUAUACAAGCAGCGAUUCAUCCUGCAGGUUGUGUUGGCAGGUGCUUUUUAUCCAAAUUACUUCACUUUUGGACAACCUGAUGAGGAGAUGACCGUGCGGGAGCUGGCUGGCAAAGACCCAAAGACAACUGUCGUGCUGAAGCACAUUCCUCCCUACGGGUUUCUCUACCACAAACAGCUACAGUCUCUCUUUAGACCGUGUGGGCAAGUCAGAUCCAUUGUAUUUGAUGGUGCAAAAGCCUUUGUGGAGUUUUCGCGUAAUCCAACGGAGAGAUUUAAAACUCUUCCUGCAGUGUAUAUGGCAGUUAAGAUGUCUCAGCUGAAAGUCUCACUGGAGCUCAGUGUGCACUCUGCAGAGGAGAUUGAAGGGAAGGUGCAAGGAGGGAGUGUGUGCAAGCUCAGGAGCACGAGGGUGAAUGUGGACUUCCAGAAGCAGACAAUAGAGCCCAUACAAGUCUCAUUUAACACGCCAGACAGGUCCUGGACCGCUACAGAUCUGCUUCUAACGAUUGAUGUCACAGAGGUGGUUGAAGUGGGACACUUUUGGGGAUAUAGGAUUGAUGAAAAAAAUGCGAAGAUUCUGAAAAAUCUUACUGCUGAAAUAAACCAGCUGAAAUUGGUACCCUUGGCCACUCACCCACAUCCAGACUUGGUCUGUCUGGCACCUUUUGCUGAUUUUGACAAAGAAAGCUACUUUAGAGCUCAAAUUCUUUAUGUUUCUGGAAAUUCUGCUGAGGUGUUCUUUGUAGAUUAUGGUAAUAGGUCUCAUGUGGAUCUGGAUCUUUUAAUGGAGAUUCCCUGUCAAUUUCUUGAACUUCCCUUUCAGGCUUUGGAAUUUAAGAUUUGCAAAAUGAGACCAUCAGCAAAAUCUCUUGUCUGUGGUGAGCACUGGAGUGAUUCGGCCAGCCAGCGGUUUGCCUCCCUAGUGAGCAGCUGCGCUCUCCUGGUGAAGGUCUUCUCUGUCGUGCACAGUGUCCUGCACGUGGACGUGUACCGGUACUCGAGAGUCCAGGACGCCAUCAACAUAAGAGAUGUCCUCAUCGAGGAGGGCUAUGCCGAGCUCAUGGAGGAGUCCUAUGAGUCGAAACAAAGCCACGAAGUUCUCAAGGGUCUCUUUUCCAAAUCAGUAGAAAACACAACAGGUGGGUCUGUGCCAUCCUCCAUGAAGGACGACGAGAAGUAUCUAAUACGGAUUUUGUUAGAGAGCUUUUCUUCCAGUAAACUGGGUACUCCAAAUUGUAAGGCAAUACUCCAUGGGCCUUUCAACCCUUGUGAACUGAAGUGUCAUAGUUUGACCAGAAUAUCCAAGUUCAGGUGCGUUUGGAUCGAGAAGGAGAGCAUCAACUCUGUCAUCAUCAGCGACGCCCCGGAAGACCUGCACCAGAGGAUGCUGGUUGCAGCUUCCCUGUCGGUCAACGCAACUGGCUCCACCAUGCUGCUGAGAGAAACCUCUCUGAUGCCUCCCAUCCCUGGCCUCCCGGCUCUGCUCAGCAUGCUCUUUGCACCGGUGAUGGAGUUAAGGGUUGAUCGGGAUGGCAAAUGCUAUACUGGAGUCCUUUGUGGCUUGGGGUGGAAUCCAGCUACAGGGGCCCCCAUACUGCCGGAGCAUGACAUGGAGCUGGCGUUUGACGUUCAUCUCAACGUGGAGGAUGUGGUGGAGAUUAAUAUUCUCAGGGCUGCUGUUAACAAGCUAGUAUGUGACGGGCCAAAUGGAUCUAAGUAUCUCGGGCCAGAAAGAAUCGCGCAGUUACAAGAUAACGCUCGUCAGAAACUCUUAGGUUUGUUUUGUCAGUCAAAACCAAGAGAGAAGAUUGUUCCUAAGUGGCAUGAAAAGCCCUACGAGUGGAAUCAGGUUGACCCAAAGCUGGUCAUGGAGCAGGCUGACCGGGAGAGCAGCAGAGGGAAGAACACCUUCCUCUACCAGCUUCACAAACUGAUCGUGCUCAGUGCCUGA